AUGGAUCCUGCAGGAAUGGCUGCUUUCUUGUCAGUCAAAGUUAUGCUGGCGCUGGCAUUCUGGAUCCUGAUGAGCGCGACCAUGAUUAUCUUCAAUGCUGCGCUUCUGCAAGGAUUUAGACAUCCUGUGUGGCUGACAUUCUGGCAUCAAUCCGCCAGCACAGUUCUCAUCCUCGUGCUGAAGCUGGUGCUGCCCGACCUGGUUGCCACAGGCGAUGCCAAGGAGGGGCGGCCACCCUUGUCGCUCAAAGAGGCGGUAAAGCUCGGCUUCCCGGUGGCGGCUGCACAGUGCGUGGGCCUCAUUGCAGGAAACACGGCAGUGAUGUAUCUCUCUGUGUCCUUUUGCCAGAUGAUCAAAGCUUGGACUCCAGCGAUGGUGUACGCAGUGGGGUGUGUGGUGGGUACUCAGAAGUUUACUUUCCCAGUUGCCAAGACGAUCGCGACCAUCACUGCUGGCCUCAUGAUCACAAGCAUUGGCGAGAUCAGAUUCGACUGGUAUGGAUUCCUGAUGCAGUGCACUGCACUUCUUUCUGAAGGCCUUCGAAUAAAUUUGCUUGAGAUUCUUCUGAAGUCGGCGGGCUACAAGCUGAACCCUCUCAGCUCGAUCUUGAUCUUCGCACCGAUAGCCUCGGUGAUUCUCUUGCUCAUCGGGGUUGCGACAGACAUGGAUGGAAUCUCAAUGGAGGUGAUGCACAACCUGGGAGAGUUGGUCCUUCUGGCAAACGCCCUUGUCGCUUUCCUCCUGAACAUCGCGAUUUACAUCGCCAUACAGUUGGCCUCCGGGUUGAUCUACGCACUGGCCGGAGUCGUGAAGGACAUCUCCAUUAUCAUGGGCUCUGUGUCGAGCUCAGCUGCACCUUCUAUGUGUGAUGUCCGUCGGACACUCUUUGGUUGUCGUUCUUCAUGUGUUUUGUUGUUCGAACUAAGGUUCCAGAAGCUUGAUCUGCCUGUCUGA